AUGUCCCUAGACUCUGAAGUUCGUAAGAGAUCCGACAUGAUGGAAGAAACUGGCCCAGAUCCAGAUCCUGUUAUAACAUCGUCAGGAAGUACGAUCAAAACCACAACCACGACUUGCAAGAACAAUCGUAAAUGGCUACUUUUGAACACACAUUUGAACGCUGUUAUUUAUUCUUCCUGUUUCUGGGUUCAGAUUGGAGUUUUACCGGUAAGUGAAAAUAUUUAAGACAAUUUUAUACACGAGUUUACGAAGAAUCUUGUGUUCGGUUGAUUUGUUUUCAAAUUGCAUCUUGAGGAAAAAAGUUUGUCACGAAACAGCAGGAAUGGCGGAAUUAGAUCAAGUUUAUUCAAUUUAGUAUGAAUUCUUCCCUCUUUUCUUGGAAAGGCACGCUCUUUUAUGUCUACAGAAAAAUAAAUUUUUCCUUGCGGUUACCGUGGAGCUUUCAGCUAAAAGCGGGAAUUGAAAGUUUUUAAAUAAUCUGCUGACAUUCGACAAUGAAGAUGGAGAGUCAACAUUUGCACCCACGAGUUAUCCCAAAAUUAAUUUAAACUGAAGCCAGUAUGGUUUUCUAGGUGAUUGCACCUGCUAAUGAAAACUUGAACGUCAGAUACACUAUUCAGCAGAGAUACCGACUUGUGACACUUGUCAAGUCAAGGGAAAGUAAUGUUGAAUUUUCCAUUCUUUUCAUCAAACCACGUUGUGAAUUGUCCUUCUCAAGCCAUACAUAGUACUUGAAGAUCAUCUUGUCACAUCGCUUGAAAAAUUUGCCAUCUUAAGGGGUCAGGCUUAUUAAUUCUUACUGAAGGGAGAGAGAGGGAGUUGGAAGAUUUGGUUGCAUCACAAUGAAAUUUACCUGAUCCCCCUAUAAGGCCCUAUAGUAUUUUGCUGACCCCCCCUUUAUUGACAGUCAAUUUUCUAUAGUCUCCAAUUUAUACUCUGUUAGCAAUGACUGAUACCCCCCUCUGUUCCCUAUGAAAAACAUGUGAUCCCCCUAAAAUCCUCCCCCCCUCUGUGCAUGGGAUAAAAGAUGACUAAUCCCUAACUCUCUUUGUUCUGAAACAGUCAUGUCAGUUUUUUUAGGAAAGGUUUGGUGACCUGUGUGAGACAUGACAAGAUUUGCUUUGAGAGUUGGUAUGUCUGUGCAGCAUGAAUUUUUUUUUUUUUAUUAAUCCAUGUGUAUUUCACUUUUUCAUUCUAUUAGUAUUUAUCCAAGAAGCUUGGAGCUGACCCAGUAGUCUUUGGCUACCUUCAGACCACAUUUGCUGUGGUGCAGUUGUGUGGUGGACCAAUAUUUGGAAGAUUUGGAGAUAUUUUUGGAAGCAGAGCUGCCCUGGUUUUGUCUUUUAUGGCAGCAGCCAUGAGCUACACGAUUCUUGGUUUGGCAUCAACUGUAAGCAUGCUGUUUCUGUCAAGACUCCCUUCCAUUUUCAUGCACGCAAUGCAAGGUUAGUACAGCAGAGUUAUCAGGUUGUUUAUUAUGGCAUAGAGAUUGGAGAAGUUUUCAAUCCACUGUGCACAAUUUUGUGACUAUUAUAUUUGAUGGGUUAAGUCUUUGAUUCAGAUAUGGAGAAUGUCUUCCUGUUUUCUUUACACUACUUUCUAGGUACUACAUUUCUUAUCCCUUUACAGCCUAACAUCAGUAUGCAUAUUCUCCAUACUGUUCUCUAUACAUUCCCUAAGGUUCAUACAGGGAGAAUUUUUUAACAGUGAAGACCUUCUUUCGUCAGCGAUGAUUUUCUCCAUUCUUAUGACCUAAAUGUUUCAUUUGGGGGUGAUAUCUUAAGGAGAAAUUAGUUACUAGUCACUCGUAGGGAAAUGAAUAUUAUACCUCUUGUUCUUAAUGCCAAGAAUUUUUUUUUUCAAAAAUGUGUUGGCCAAUAAGAUUGAAUUUUUAUUUCUCAGGAUCACAAAUGGUUGUCACAGAUAUCUCAGAGAAGGAAGGUGAGUGAGGGAAAUAAAAAGAACAAAUAAAACUCUUUGCAAAGGAUUUUCCUGGGAUAAUUUCCAUCCUUUUGCUGAACAAUGUCAUGGUCCAUAGUUUGGCUUUGCUGUAAUUGGCUUGGGUUGUGGCCCAAGGUAUCAUCAUUUUGCUAGUUUUUUGUAUCCACUGAGGAGAAUCUGGCUACCUAUGUACCACACCAGACUAACACUGAUGUUGAUAACUGUAAUAUCAUAGUGCCAGGGCUGGGGAAAAUAAAGCAUGGAGAAAGCAGGGGAGGAGGGUUUGGAAAUUCCAUGCUUCAUAUCAUAUCAAUCUGGGCCCAGUUAUUCAAAAAGUGGAUACAUGCUAUCCAAUGGAUAAAUGGCUAUCCCACAGAUCAGUGUUAACAAAAUGUACUGCACUUUCCACUGGAUAGAGAUUUAUCUAGUGGAUAGCAAUAUCCGCCCUUCAAAUAACUGGGGCCGACUGUGACUAUGACUGUUUUUUGCAAAACAUUUAUUUAUUUAUUUAUUUUUUUUUUUUUUUGGGGGUGGGGGUGAGGGUAUUGGUGGUGGUGAGGAGGGGUAAGGAGAGAAUAAAGAUCAAUAUAAGUUUCUUUUUGAGAUCUAUUCCAAAUUCUCAGAACUAACACCAGCAUGAUAAUAAUUGUUCAGCCAAUCCUUUUUCUUUUUUUUUUUGUUUUUUUUGCAGGUCGUGCAGAUGCACUUGGCAAACUGGGUGUGUCUUAUGCCAUCGGCAUGGUGAUAGGUCCUUUUGUUGGAGGUCUGAUCACAAAGAAGUAUGGAGAGCAGUCAGCGGCAUUCUUUGCGGCAACAUUUUCAUUCAUUAGCAUAAUUAUCUCACUACUUUUCAUCCCAAGAAAUACGAAAGCAUUAUCACCACAGGAGAAAUCUGCUGAAAAGCUUGAAGCAAGUGAGUCGAUGAAUUUGGUUCUUAGGCUUUCUUUAGGUUAAGGGUCGAGCCUAGCCAAGUGAGUUGUUUGAUGAUGUUCAGGUAGAGCAGUGGCCUUAAUGUUUUUGACGCUGGACUCUGUUGAGAGGUCUGAGUUGCAGACCUUGCUGGGUCAUUGUGUUAUGUUUUUGGGUUAAAAACACUUCACUUUCACAGUUCCUCUCUCCACCUAGGAAUAUCAAUGGGUGUGGCCAAAUUGUUGGGGAAGCCUGAUGAAAUACAGGGGGGUAACUUUGGGUUGAACUAGCAUCCCAUCCAGGGGGGAGUAGCAAUACUAUGGAAACUGGAAUAAGUUCUGCUUAGAUGGGUCAUUGGGCAUGGUCUCCCUAGACUCCUAAGGCUGUGCUUAUGCCAUGAAAUGUGCAUAUCAAAUCCCCACAUUGGCAUGCUCUCCCCAGACUCUUAAGGCUGUGCUAACACCUCAAAAUUUUUAAAUCAAAUCCCCACAUUGCUUGUUCCUCUACUUCUUAUAGCCAUUGGCAAAAAUUAUAGCAUAUACAAAAUAGUAGUAAAAAAAAAUUGGAUAGUUUAGUGCACUGGGCUCUGAGUUGGAUGACCAGGUUCUAGUCCUGGCCGGGCAAACACGUGUGGAAAAAAAAAAAUGUGAGAAUCAAAAUCUAUAUAUUAUUUAUAGACCAGGAUUCUGACACUAAGGUAGAAUCAAAACUUCCUCCUAUAAAUGGGGCAUAUAAAAUAGGUUUAAAAAGCUUUCUAUUAACAUCACUGCAUAAUUACUGUGCUUUCUUUCAGAUAACAAGGAACAACCUGCAAGUGUUUUUAGCGUCAAGAAGAUCCUAGAACUUUUGCAUAUACCAACUGUGUUAUAUUUAAUUACCAUCAAAAUCAUCACAGGAAUCCCAUUUGGAAUUUUCCAGUCUAUGUUCUCAUUAGUGUCCAUGGAAUUUUUCAAGUUGGAGCCUCAGCAGAACGGCUUUGUCAUGUCAUAUGUUGGGGUACUUUCAAUAGUAAGUGAUGAAAGAUGUGCUCAACUCCUACGAGUGACCAAGACAGAAUUUCUCCUUACAAUAUCAAUACAAUAUCAAGUAGACAAGUGAUGAGAAUUCAAAAUAUUCCAUUAGGAGAUUGUUAGUUGAUCCAAUACCAAAUUCUUAGAACGGACAUCAUAAGAAUUGUUUGGCAGACAGUAAGGAGAAUCACUGAAUGAGAUCUUGGGUAUGAAAGGUUUAAUUUUGAGCCAUUUUCUUCAAACCAUGCAAUGAGAAAGUUUGGCAGGCCUUUGUGACUAAAUUGCAUGCAAGAGAAGAUGCCCAUGUAUACUCAUUAAUUUCUCAUUGUGGAAAACAAAGAGCCAAUUUAAAGGUGUUUGCCUGUGCAAGCAAAUGAUUAUGUCCAGGGGUUUGGAAUGUUGUCUUCUGAGUGGAAUGUAAAGGUCUUGCUUGAAGGAUUGUGAUUAAAACAUGUUUGGUAAGAGCUGGGGUGAAAUCCUUUUUCAUUGAACUAAGGGCACCAUCUUUUAAUGCAUAUUACCCCAACAUCAGUGUGCAGAUUCUCCAUACUGUUCUCUCUACAUUUCCUAAGGUGCUGACAAGGAGAAUUUUGUUGAACAAUUGCGAUCCUCUUUAGUUGGUGAUCAUUUUCUUCAUUCUCAUGACCUUAAUGUUUGAUUCAGGGGUGACAUUGUAAGGAAAAAUUCCAUGCUAGACACUCUUGGAGGUUAAAGGUGUGAGAUGAAGACAGAUUAAGAGAGGGAAUCUUCCAUCUGAGAAAAUUUAGGUUAUGAAGUAUGAAGGGCCUCCUUUGAUUACGGUUCCCCUCAGUUAGUUGUCUUUUCCCAAUGAUGGUGAAUAAUGAUGAAUAUUUCAUGCGUCUUUUCUUACAGGUUGCUCAAGGACUUAUUGUGGGUGUCUUGUCAAGAAGAUUUAGUGAGCCUUUUCUAUUGAGAGGAGCCAUUUGUGUGAUAGCAUCAGCAUAUGGGCUUUUGGUUAGUUCCAACUGAUUCAUACAUAAAAGGGUCUAACUUUACUUUGACCAUUUCCAGUGUCUUCUAAUGUUUUCUUUAACCUAACAUUAAGAAUUUGGUUCUACAAUAGCGUGAAAAUGUUUAUUCAGUCACACAAUUUAUUGCUUUGGUGUUCUUGAAACUCUUUUUCAUCAUUUUCCAUGACCCAAAUGAAUGCUUAGAAAAAAGGAUAACUUCUUUCAAUAUGUUUGUUACAUUCAAAACAGUCAGUUACCUUUGAGGAAAGGAAUUUUGACACUAAGUGAUAAAAAUAUUUUUUCAGCCUGAAACAAAUUUUUGAUCUGAUUGAAGAGUAAUAUAUUGGGUGUAGACUUUCUCCUGUUUAACUGAGUAUUUUUGUUGCUAUUGUUGCUAUCAUUAUCUGUAAUUGAUAAUGUUACAUUUCAUUACUGAUGUAGUGGGGUUUUUUACAGACUAGCCUUAGAGUGGCUCACAAAUUAAUGCAAAUUUUGAUCAUUUCUUAUCCAAUCAUUUCCUUUUAGUACAUGGUGACAGACAUUUACCAGUUUUGCAUUGUGAUCAUCCCAAUGGUAGUUGGUGGGACGACACUGAAUGUCAUCACAACGUCAGCCAUGACAAAAAGUGUGACAGUCACUAAAACAGGUGCUGUGUUAGGUCUCUCCAUGGCAACCAACUCCCUUAUACGAACUGUCUCCCCAACCAUGGGAAGUAUCAUGUACAAGAACUAUGGUUGGCCCUCAAUUGGUCUCUUGGGACUUGUGGUGAAUGCUGCAGUUGCCUUGUUUUUAUUUUACCAUGGAAAAGACUCAUUUUAGUCACAAAGCUUUGGAUACACUCAGUUGUUGGUAGACCUUGAGUUGAGGUAUUUUCAUGCAUGCGAACAUUUUUACUGCAACACUGAUGUGUCGUAUCAUAAUUUAACUCUUGAGUGUACAAGACAAAAUCUGCCAGAGUUUUCUAUGAAAAUUGAAGAUGUCAAAAAAGUUUUAUGUGGUGAAUUUAGAUUAGACCAUGAUCAUGACUUGUUUUGAAACCAGUUUCCUGUUUUCCUGUACUUGGUAGAUGACCUUUAUAUUUUGCCCACCUUUAACCUACAAUACGCAAAUAACUCUUCACACUUAUGUCUGUGGCUGCUAGAGUUUGAGGCAUACAUGCCUACAUUUUAAUGUGCUCCAGAGAGAAUAAGAUAUUUACAAAUUAUUCCUCUUGUUCACAUAUAGUUUUAUCAGUCAAUAAUUACUUCAUUACUUACAAAAUAUAUUAGCUAUCACCAGUAGAACCUCAACAUAGAUUCCCUUAUCAUCCUUGUGCGGUAUUCUACCAGCCACACUGGUUCAAUAUGGGAUCUAUAUUAUUCCUUUUUUUAUUGACAUCAUGUGAACAUUAUUAAACUACAUAAGGCUACAUGAAAUUUCAUUGGCACCAUAGGAACACUAACAUUAUUUUUCACUGUCACAGAUGUUAUGAAUUGGUGAAACUCAGCAGUGCAGACAAAAAUAGAUUAACCAUUGAAGAGGUUAAGUUCUUGUGUCUGGGCAUCCCAUUAAAUUAAUUUGAUUUUCAUUCAUAGGGAAUGACCAUUUGAAAAUAAUUUUCAGAAAUUUUCUGCAGACGAAUACCAAAUGAAAUUGAAUUAAUUCUAAACAUCCAAAAAAAAAAAGGGGGGUUGUGUCAGUUUAAGCUGUAUAUUAGUAGCAAUACGUAUCUGUUAAAAUGUUUCCUAUGAUCAAGACUAAAUUAUUAAAAAUAAGUUCCUAGUUGCUAAAUGUUAAAAUUCUACUUCUACUUUAAAAAUGAUUGAGUUGUAAAGUUCACCAGUUUGGUGUGUCCUUGUUGUUGUUGUUGUUGUUAUUAUUGAUUUUAACCCCUUCUAGCUGUUAUACCUUUCCUUGUAAAUUAGUUAUGAGAAUUUGUUGUUAGAUGAGGAUAACAAAUUCUACCUGAUAAGUUUGAGAAUUCUCAUUACCUGUUUGCUGGAUAAUGUAAGGAUAUUAUAG